GGCCUGCAAUUCUCUGCUAUGGCCGUCUUGUGCUACCGGAAGCAGGAGGCGCUGUUGCGCUUCCGCACAGUCUACUACUUGAUGAUCUUCCGGCCAUUUGUUCUUCUUACCAUCCAGCUGAACCUCUUGACUGACAUCAAUACACAGUGGGCCAUGUCUUGUCUGAAGGAGGCCUCCAUGUGGUGGAUCUACUGGCAGCUCCUUGUCGCCCUUCAACCGACGUACAGAAUCGACUUGUUCAUGUUGUUCGCGAGCGGUACUUGGAACGGUGGCACGGACUCCACGAACCCCUCCGGAGAGUUUCGACAAGGCAGGGCGGCGGUGAUGCCAGACCCCCAGCCAGAUGACUUGGAGGAACCCUUGCCUCUUCCAGAUGUUGUGGAGGAGGUUCAGGAGCGACCAGGGCAGCAAGCACGCCAAGUGAUGGCAACAAAUCUCGACAGUUACUUGCUGCUCCAAGCCACAGUGCAG